AUGUGGUAUGAUCUCCGGUUGCAAAUUUUCCAGAGUUCUCAAACCAAUGAGAGCUCAGUAACCCAAGUACAGAUUCUCGUGGUUGAAGGAGCUGUAGGAAGACCCAGAAAGUCUAUCUACUAUGCUUUACCACACACUGGUGUCUUUCCUCAUCGGUUUGAAUACGGUCAUCAAGAUUCAUUGGAUCGACACUUACUCCCCAAACGCGAUUUUUCGAUUUCGGACAGUUGGGAUUUAGACGACGACGACCUUAUUGAAGACGAUGAUCUUACAGAAGCCAACGAUGCGGUUAUGGCUUCUGCGAAAACCGCUCUUACAGAGGAAGAGGCCCAAAAGUAUUUGGCUCAAAUGAAGGCUUAUUAUCUAAAAAAUGGCAUGCCUCGAUUUGGAUGA